AAUGCUCUCAACCUAUUACACAUUACUAUUCAUCUUCUUUCUUCUCCUCUGCUUUCAAACUUUCAUUGUUUAUGAAGAAAUGGAUCCAUCACGUCCAUCCUACAAUCCAUUUUUUCCCUUCUCACAAGGUUCGUCUAAUAUUCCAAGUAAUGAGAGUCAGGAGCCCGAAUCUCCUGUUAACCCUUUUCCUAUCCCUUAUAUGAAUUCUCCUUAUUUUUCAAGUCAAGAAAAUUUUCGUAUGCCUAUGUAUCCAAAUUCCAGCCAUCCAUAUUUCCAACAAAAUUACCCACAAAUGUCAAAAUCAAAUUUCUCUCAACAAUCACCAAAUGAGGAUCCAAUUUCUCAAACCAUUCCUGCUGAGUUUCAAACUCCUCAAUAUCCACCAUAUUGUAUUCAAGGAACGCCCCAACAAGAUCGACAUGAAAAAAGCAAGAAAGAAAGAGUUUGUUGGACUACUGAUGAUUAGGGUUGUUUAUGAACUAAGCCGCUCAUGAACGGCUCGGUGUCCGACUCGAGAAAAACUCGUUUGACACUCGAUUCGUCUUAAUCAAGCUGACUCGCGAACAAGCUCGUUAACUAAACGAGCCGAACUCGAGUCAUACCAUGUUCAUCUCGAAAGCUCGCGAACAAGCUCAUUUAAUGGCUUGGCAUAAAAAAAGGAUUAGAAUCAUGGAUUUUAUGUAUUGAAAUUGGGAUAAAUAUCGUGUUUUACUUUGAUAGACUUUGCUACAGGUUUGAAUGUAAUUUUGUGCUAAGUUCUAGGUCAAUCUUGAGCUAUCAUGAACAUUUUAUGAGCUGAACUCGAUUGUGGUCUUGUUAAACUUAUUUGAUGAGCCGAGCUCGAGUCGAACUUGGCUUUCAUUUUCAUAAACGUGCCGAGCUUUCAUUUUCAUAAACGGUGGAGAGCGAUUCGGGCGAAACCAGCCAUGUAGGAAUGAUCAAUCAUGGUCCAGGAACGUGUAGCGAUGAGCAAUUGGGGCCGAAUCACGACGAAUCAAAAAGCCCCAAUUCGCAAAUUUCAGGCCAAAAUACAAAGAAUAACGCGACCGAGAAGGGUGAAUCGGUUGUGGGGAUUGGUGAUGAUUCGAUGCAAUUGACCACUUGGGUUCAACUCCUGGAGUCCCUAGGAUGGUGUCGAAGCAUGGCGGAAUUGGUUUUCCCCAAUAUCGAAUUUAGGUUGCCAAAUUCUUGGUUCGCUCCACCGGAUUCUGGGAACUUUCAAUUCUCCGGUGGCGGGAAAAUCGCAAAGAGUGUUCAGGAGUCGAUCGAGGGGAUUCCAAGGCAGGAAAUAAUCAACGACGGAUCCUGCACGAGGGACAAACGCGACCCAAGGGUUCAACUGUUGUGGAGUGCCAUGAUUCUUCAAGUUGAUUUUUUGAGGCACUCGCCGAAAAUCAAGCUGCCGGCCAUAGAGUUGGAGUCUUAUUCCAUGCAAAUGGAGGAUUAUCGAUGGGCAAGGAGAGUUGGAAAUUGAACUAUAAGAACAUGAGAACAAACAAUUGAAGGCCAUUUGGACCGAAUCUCCUUGAAAGGCCAUGAUCGAGGCCUACAAAGAAGCUAUGGCGCACGAUUUGGAUACUUGUGCAGGAAGGCAGAAUCUUGGGGGAGAAGUAAUUGAGUUUUGUUUCCUUUUCAAGUUGGGAUUCUAUUUCCUUGUUAACUUAGAGUUAGGAUUCGAUUUCCUUAGUAGUUUAGAGUUCAAUUUGCGUUGUCAAUUGUCUAUUUGAAGGCUUGAAAGCCUCGUGUAAAGGAGAGUUGAAUUGAAUGAAAAUUGUGACCUUUG